AUGGCAGAUUCGAGCAGAUGGAGAAAUUGUAUGCUUGCGUUUCUAGUGGCAAUACAGGUGGCAAUAAGUUUGACCUCAGCUGUGUGGAUGGCAUCGGACAAUGAAACCAUGUCAUCUAGAACCUCUGACAGCAUGUCUAACAAGCUGAGAAGUUUAGUAGGACUUAAGAAAGAGCGUCAAAAAUGUCUUAAAGCUCCGCCAACACUGAUCACAUUCAGACAAAGCGCGUCAUCGAGUAGUGCAGCCUAUGUCAUCUACACGGACUGCUCCAUUUCGACCAUCCUUGCCGACACUCAGAGCGACGGCACAAAGAUGAUGGAUGCCUCGAAACGGAAAAUCCAGAUCGUUGAUAGCUUCCCCGAGGUCGACUUUUUGGACUUAUCAGACAACGAGAUCGUUGCUAUUCAGGAAACCGACGACACCUUUGUCUCGAUCCUGGAUAUUUCUGCCAAUGGGAUCACAGACCUGAUCAACAUCUCGAUACCCAGCAGUGUCGCUGUUCUGAGUUUGGACAACAACAAGAUUUCAGCUUUGUCAAAUGGCGACCUCGCUGACACCGUGACGUCGGUCUCCAUCAAAAACAACAGCAUCACAUCGUUGCAGAGCUUUGUCGUGGGCAGAACGACGCAACACAUCGACCUAAGCGGCAAUUCGAUACCAGCCCUUGUCAGUUGGCAGAUGCCCGACACCUUAGAGUCGUUCAGGUGCCAGGACUGCGGGAUUAGGAAAAUUGCAGGCGUGGUCUUUCCGGCAGCCAUGUCCCUCUCGACUUUUGAUCUCAUGGGCUGCAACGUGGAGACGUUCGAGGUUGCCAAUUCUAGUGUACGUGUACUCGAGGCUGUGGACGAUCUCGUGGUUACAACAGUUGGAUCCAACUGCAGUGACAGUCAUGCUAGGGCUCGAGUUGCUCGAACGAUGCACCUUUGUGUGCUCCUGGACAGCUAUUUUAACGCCAGGUACAUGAUGGGAGGCCCAGAUUUUUCUAGUACCCACAGCCAAGACAUCCCUGCUGUUGGCGUAGCAAACGACGAGAAUGGUGGCCUUAGGAAUUGGAUGACUCUGGCAAUGAUCUGUUUCGGAGCGAUGAUGGCCUCCACACUUGGCGAGCUUAACCCGAAUGCUUCGUCAUCGUGCAAGGUGACUAAGUAUAUGCCAGGUCAAGUGACGAGCAUAUCACGAACUGAUCGAACAGACUCGGUACUAGGAGGAGUGCUUAAAGAUUCAGCGUUAAAUAUUGUAGUGAACGAUAUUCGGACGAAUGAUGAUAUUCUGCAUUGCAGAUUACAACAGGAAGAUGUUAUGCGUGGGCAGUUGAUUGCUAAGGGCGGUUACGGCGCCGUUUAUCUGGCCACAUUUCAAAAUAAGAAGGUGGUGACCAAGCAACUACUGCCGGAACGGGCUCGUAACAAGCGCUGGCUGAAUAGCUUUAUGGAUGAGAUCCGUCUCUGUUCGACGUUAGAUCACCCCAAGAUUGUGCACUUCAUUGGCGUGACUUGGAGCUCUUUGCUUGAUAUUAGCAUGGUAAUGGAGUAUAUGCCCAAUGGGGAUCUGAGUGCUAUGAUGCAGGCGCAAUUGCAAUGCGAGACUCGCGACAAGUCUGCUCGUGACAGCUACAGUUGGUUCCAUUCGGUUGGAGAAGGUGGACACUUGAAGUGCAAGUCGCUAAUUGCACUUGACAUCGUAGAGGCGCUGGUUUACUUGCACUCGUUCGAAAGUCCUAUCAUUCACCGCGACUUGAAGCCGAAGAAUGUGCUGCUUAGCGACUCGUGGGAAGCGAAAUUGACGGACUUUGGAACAAGCCGUGAACUAAAUAAAGACCAGACGAUGACUGCUGAGAUUGGCACGGUGUCCUGGAUAGCUCCAGAGGUACUGCGAGGCGAGCAUUACUCUGAAAAGGCCGAUGUGUAUUCUCUCGGCGUGAUUUUGACGGAGCUGGACACAUGUCGCCGUCCAUAUUCGCAGGGAAUUUCAUGUCAAAGUAAAAAUGACGGCAACAAUCAGGCGUCAAACACUCGUAUCGCUGUGUUGGUCAGUGCUGGUUCUCUUAGACCCGAGGUGCACAAGGAUUGCCCACGCAGUGUCCGUAACUUGGUCAAUAAAUGCUUGGCGUUUAACCCAGAGGAUCGUCCGUCAGCGUUGCAAAUUCACUACGAACUACGCAACUUGGAAGCCAAAGAGGAGGAGUUAUUGACUUCAGCGAGACGCGUGACGCGGACGCAGUCCAAGGCUAACAACGGAUGA